AUGCGUGAGCCUCUCAAGAAUGACAUUAUCUCUGACAAGGAACUGGGCAGUAACAAUAACCUAUGCAAGUUUGUCAUGGAUUGUCUAACAGAGGAAGUACGAAGGUCAUCACCAUGGGAUAUCAUGUAUGCUGAUGAUGUGGUCAUAUGCACCAAUGAUAGAGAGACAUGCGAAGAGAAACUAGAGCAAUGGACUCGAGCCCUAGAGAGACGCGGUAUGAAAGUAAGUAGAACGAAGACGGAAUACCUCAAUGCCGGCAAUGGGACGCAGAGAGGUGGAAGUAUCAGCUUAGGAGGUGAAAGGGUACAACGAGUAGCGAAAUUUAAGUACCUAGGUUCAACAGUACAAGAAGAUGGUGGAUCAGAAGCAGAAGUGUCGAAGAGGAUACAGGCAGGCUGGAACAGCUGGCGAAAGGUUACAGCGGUUCUUUGUGACCGAAGAGUUAGGGCAAAAGUGAAGGGCGGGGAUUCAUAG